UAUGCACGUCUCUCUCUCUCCCUCCCUCCUCACUCCCUCUCUCCAAUGGCUGACCGGAGACCCAUCUACGGUGGCGUCGGCGGCGGCAGUCACCCCAUCGCCGAUCUCCUCCGGCAACUGCAAACCCACGUCCCAACCUCGGGCCAGCUAUUCGGCUUCCUCGCACUCUUCAUCUCCGGCGGAAUCCUCCUCUUCCUCACCGGUGUCACCGUCACCGCCUCCGUCCUCGGCUUCAUCGCUUUUCUUCCCCUCAUCAUCCUCUCAAGCCCUAUCUGGGUCCCUAUGGUCUUCCUCCUGGGUAUGUUCUUGGCGGUCGGGGGAUCGGUCGUUGCAGUGGUUGCGGUCGUGACGUGGACGUACAGGUAUCUACGUGGCAUGCACCCGGUCGGAUCGGGACAGGUGGAUUAUGCCCGGGCUCGAAUUUACGACACGGCGGCUCACGUCCAAGUUUACGCCAGAGAUUACGGCGGUUACCUCCAAAGCAAGGUCAAAGAUGCGGCUCCUGGUGCCUGAAUCGGAUUGCACCGGUUAAAUCUGGCUCGACCGGAUCGGUUUACACACUGAGAAACGAUUCUUAAUUUCGUGGUUUUUCUUUUCUUUUUCAGAUUUUGUUGUAUUUAUGAGAUUGUAGCGCGAAGUUAGAUAAUUUGUGGUGGUGCGUACGUGUUUGAAUGAAAUGUCAACUUUGGUGAGGACUU